AAAAAAAAUAUCACGAAGGAUCAGCAACUUUUCUGCUCCUCCUCUCUAAACAACACAAGACCUCUUCGCCCUUAAACAUCCUGCCUUCAUAAAAGAAAGAAGAUAUGGGGGGCAAGACCGGUAACAAGGCUGGCUACUUCGACAAGCUCAAGGGUUUGCUCGAGGAGUACAAGUCCAUCUUCAUCGUCGGUGUCGACAAUGUCAGCUCUCAGCAGAUGCACGAGAUUCGCCAGUCGCUCCGCGGCGAGGCUGUCGUCCUGAUGGGCAAGAACACCAUGGUUCGUCGUGCCCUCAAGACCUUCGUCUCCGAGUCUCCGGAGUACGAGCGUCUCCUGCCUUACGUCAAGGGCAACGUUGGUUUCGUCUUCACCAACAGCGACCUGAAGGAGAUCCGCGACAAGAUCCUCCAGAACCGUGUCAGGGCCCCUGCCCGUGCCGGUGCCGUCGCCCCCGACGAUGUCUGGAUUCCUGCCGGAAACACCGGUAUGGAGCCCGGCAAGACCUCGUUCUUCCAGGCCCUUGGUGUCCCCACCAAGAUUGCCCGUGGUACCAUUGAAAUCACCACGGACCUCAAGCUCGUUGAGGCUGGUGGCAAGGUCGGAGCCUCCGAGGCUACCCUGCUGAACAUGCUGAACAUCUCGCCCUUCACCUACGGUCUUACCGUCGAGCAGGUCUACGACCAGGGCAACUGCUUCCCCUCCAGCGUCCUGGACAUUGGUGAGGAGCAGCUCCUCAAGUCGUUCAGCUCGGCAAUUGCCACCAUCGCCGCCAUCUCGCUGGCUCUCGACUUCCCCACCUGGCCCUCGGUCAUCCACUCGGUUGUCAACUCGUACAAGAACAUCCUGUCAAUUGCCCUCGAGACCGAGUACAGCUUCCCCGCCGUCGAAGAGCUCAAGGACCGCAUUGCCAACCCCGACGCCUACGCCUCGGCUGCCCCUGCCGCCGGCGGUGCCGGUGGUGGCGACGCCCCCGCCGCUGAGGCCAAGAAGGACGAGUCCGAGGAGGAGCAGUCCGACGAGGACAUGGGCUUCGGUCUCUUCGACUAAACGCCUUUAUGACGCCAUGAUUCGACUUGUCAACGCCAGCCAUCUCUGGCCAGUGUGGAAAGGUAGCUCAUGUGGACAGAAGCAGUUCACUUAUCUACACCAAAUGAAAUGAAGUAAUGGCCAGCCGUCUGUCUCUGGUGACGUGAUAUGAUGAUAACUAUGGUGUGCUGUACCUCAGCCAAGUUCCAUCUACCACAAUAGUGUUUAUCCAGAUUCGUAUAUGCCAUAUGCCCAGUCCCAAGCAAGGACAAGAUUUGUCUUGUAUCCGUAAGCUGUAAAGACCUGGCACACCGCAAAGAUUCAGCCACGUGAAGUUGGAAGAUUUUGUACGGGUAAGGUCUAGAUGUACACGUCUAAUUCUACAGAUCCUUGCAUUUAUAUGACCAGCCGAAUGGUUCCCAAGCCAUUAAUUCGUAGGCACCUGAUAUCCAUUCUGCA